AUUUUCUUCGCUGCUGGCUGCGAAGACCACACCCUUCUUAAGGCAGGCCCACAGUUGCACUUAAUAAGCAGGAAUCUACUGCACUAAAGACACCCAGUUUUUCCUUAUGAUAAAGACAGUGUUUGGCUAAUGAGCAAGGUGGUGAGGUCAUCCAGUGAGUCAGAGGAACAGAUCUGGGAAACAGAAGAGGAUGAUGACAUGACAGAAGGUGAUUUAGGGUAUGGCCUCGGAAGAAGGUCUGGUGGUGUUCAUGAAGUUUCACAUUUAUUUACAUCCAGAAGAAGAUCAGAUGGAAAGAACUUUAGCCCUCCCCCAUUUCCAAGAAAGGGGAAAGAAAGAAGUGAAGCCAUUUUUCAGUAUUCUGAGCAUAAGAGCUUGCAAGAUACAUACCUUCACGGGUCCAGAAUUGCCAGUUACAGACGACAAAGUAGUACGGAUUCUAAUUCAGAAUUGUCAAAUGAAGAAUUAAGGCAACGUCUUCAUGAAACUUUAGAGGAGGUAGAAAUUUUAAAAACUGAUCUUGAGGCAUCUCAAAGACAACUUGAAGGUAAAGAGGAAGCAUUGAAAAUUCUUCAAAGCAUGGCAAUACUUGGCAAAGCUACAAGUCAUACCCAGGCAGUGCUUCAAAAAACUGUGCAACAAAAGAAAUCCUUGGAGAAGGAAAUAAAUGCCUUGCAGUGGGAAAUAGAAUUUGAUCAGAAUAGAUUUAAAAAUAUGGAGGAAUCCUGGACCCAAAAAUAUGACAGACUAAACUGUGAAAAUUCAGUCCUCAAAGAGACCUUGAAGCUUAAAACAGAAGAAAUUAAAAUGUUAAAGUCUGAAAAUGCAGUUUUGAAUCAACAGUAUUUGGAGACACUCGCGAUGCUCGAUAUCAAACAGCAGAAGGCGGCUCAAGAAAACAUGCUCCAUGAUAAAAGUGGCUUUACAGAAAUUUCAGGUCUCGAGCUUGCAGUCCUUGGAGCCUGCCUUUGUCACAGUCCUGGAGGCAGACCCUGUUCUUGUGCCAGAAUGGCAGCGUCCACUCGGAAACUGCUUCUUCAGCUCAAACAAGAGUUGGAACUUUUGCAGAAGAGUAAAGAAGAAGCGUACAUAAUGGCAGAUGCAUUCAGAAUUGCAUUUGAGCAACAAUUAAUGAGGAAAAAUGACCAGGCACUAAGAUUGACACAAAUGGAUAAAAUGUGUUCAAAAGCAGCAAAACGGAUAAAUUGGAAGCACCUUAAAGAGGAUGGAUUUUCAUCACAAAAGAGUAAGAAGACCUUAGGGCAGAAACUGUUGGGUAUGUUCCCAUCAGAAAACAGUUUUAAGAGGACUGAAGACCAGGAUAAUCCUCAAGAAGUCCUUAAGAUGCUUAUAGAUUUGCUGAAUGAUAAAGAAGAAGCUUUGGCUCACCAAAGAAAAGUUAGUUACAUGCUUGCUCGGGCCUUGGAAGACAAAGACACUGCCUCAAAAGAGAAUAAAGAAAAAAAUCCUACGGAACAGAAUUUCCCAUUCAAAAACCCCGGGCAUAAAACUUCAGAAUUCUCUGUUUUGCAUGAUGCUGUACAUUCACAUGUCCAGAUUUUUAAUUCUUUGGGCUGUGUUUGUUCAAUCCAGCAUCCUCAAGCAGAUCCAAACUUCACAAGAACUCUUAAAAGAUCCUGUUCUUUGCCAUCAAAUUUCAUACUUUGAAGACAAACCAGUUGAAAUUGGAACUGAGAGCUGUUUAUAUCAAGAGACUUUGAAAAAAGAUUGUGUAAAUAUUGCUUGCUACACAUCUUGAGAAGUUGUAUGUUUUCUAAGUUUUUCUAAAUUUUAGGAGGCAACUUACCUGAUCAAACUUUUUCUACAUUUUCCACAGAAAAUGUAGUAGUAGUAGUAUUCUGUGUUGACAUAUUUUAUUUAUAAGUUACAUUGCUAUAUUUUGUGAAGUUUUCAGUGUUUGCCAAUAUUUUAAAAACAAAAAUGAUGAUUUUUUUUGAGAGACAAAAUUAUUUAACUAUAUAGAUUACUACAGGGAUCUUACAUUGGCUAAAUCAGCAAUAUAACUAAUGUUCUAAGAUGAUAAUGCCUAGGAGUGACUGAAUGUUAGUUUCUGAAAUACGUUUGUCUCAUUUUAUUUGUCUUUUUCAGGAUUUUUCAUUUAUCAUAUAAAGUUUAAAAAUAAUAAUUUUCUGAAGUUAACUUCAGUAAAAAAGUUAUGAUAGUUGGACUUUGGCAGAAGUAUAUUCAGAGUCAUUGUUAGUUACCUUCAUUGCUUCCUUUUUUGUCAGAGUGAUAAGAUUUUUGUAGCCAAAUCUGCACAUAUUUGUAGCCAAGUUUACAAGAUGCUUACCAGCUGUCCCUCUCUUUGCAUCCUGUGAGGUGGAUAUGAUGGUCCAGGAAUGGGGUCUUGGAUCUGAGGAAGCUUCCUAAGGUGACACAUCUAAAUCAGGACCUGAACAAGAUGAAUUCCAGGGUUUUUGCUUUUACCUGCCAUGUGAUUUUACAUAAAUCAAGAUCUGAAUGUCAAAUAAAAAUUUACUGGGGCCAAUGGAAAAUGGCAUAAACACUGAAA